AUGGACUCAGUUAUUAUCGUUGGAUGUGGCGUCUUCGGACUCUCUACUGGCCUGGCCCUCUCAAAGCGCUAUCCCAGCUCAAAGAUCACAUUUAUCGACAGACAUGAGCCUCCUGUCCCCGAUGGUACAUCAGUCGACACAACUAGGGUGAUCCGCGCAGAUUACCAUGAUCCGGUCUACUCGGAGCUCGCCCUGGAGUCCCAGCGGCUGAUCCAGCAAGACGCGGAACUCGGACCCCACUAUUACCGCAGCGGCAUGAUCUAUGCCCACAGCGGAGCCGGAUGUCAUGGCUCCCAGGUCUGGGAGAAAGAAUAUGCUUCGGCCCAGGCGCUGCAGAAGAAGCGUAUCGAAAGUGGAGAGUUCUCAGCCCAAGGAUAUCUUCGCCAUCUCACGUCUCAUGAGGCCAUUUUCAAGCGCGUCAACGGCCAGGGUUUCGAGCCUCAUGCAGGCGAGAAGCAGUGGAAUGAGGGCUACCUGAACGAGGAUGUGGCCUUCGUCAAUGCCGAGGAGUGCAUGCGUGUCUACUACCACAAGUGCCGAAGACAGGCGAACACGAGUUUCCUUUUUGGCAAUCCUGUUAAGAGGGUCGUCAUCGAAGGCGGGGUUGCUAAGGGUGUCGAGCUUGCCGAUGGCAAGCUGCUUACCGCUGACCUUGUUAUCCUAGCCACGGGCGCCUGGACCAACACACUCCUUGACUUGAGAGACCAAGUGACUUCCACUGGACACGAGGUGGCAUGGCUGAAGCUCUCGCCGGAGAUGGAAGAGCGGUACAAAAACAUGCCGAUCACCACCAACUUCACCACCGGCUUCAACAUCUUCCCUCCCCUCAACGGAGAGAUCAAAUGCCUGCGGCGGUCGCCUGGAUACACGAACACCAGAACGGUGACCGAUUCAGCAACUGGCAAGAGCUUCGAAGUCUCGGCACCGCCGGACUCGCCCAGCACCAUUCCCGCCGACGCCGAGAAAGCUCUCCGAGCAAACCUCGCAGAACUCUUCCCUCCACUUGCACAGCAACCUUUUGACAGAACUAAGCUGUGCUUCUUCACGAACACGCCAACGUCCGACUUCUUGGUAGACAGGCACCCGAACAUCAAACAGCUUGCCCUCGUCACCGGCGGAUCGGCCCAUGGGUGGAAGUUCCUCUGCGUCCUGGGAGACCGGGUCGUGGACAUGCUUGAGGGAAAACUCGAGCCGGAGCUACAGAAGAGAUGGAAGUACAAGCAGCCGGAAGACAAGGACCACAACAUGGAAGGGGCACCGAGAGCCCAAGGCGAGAAGCAAGAGCUGAAGCACUGCAAGCCCAUCGCCAUCAUCGGCGCUGGUGUUUUCGGCCUCUCCACCGCUCUCCACCUGGCCAAGAGCGGGUAUAAAGACAUAACCAUCUUCGACUACCAACCCUACAACCAAAACGGCUACUCCACCGCCGCGGGCUGCGACGCCGCCAGCGCCGACGAAAACAAGAUCCUGCGCGCCUCGUACGGCGACCGCAAAAUCUACCAAGACCUCGCCUUCUCUGCCAUCCCCAUCUGGGAAUCCUGGAACAGCUCCAUCUCUUCUUCUUCUCCCACCACCCUCCCCACCGGCCUCCACCCCACCGACACCAUCUGGGUCCCCGCCGGCUUCCUCCGCCUCAGCGACAACGGGCUGGACGAGCACGAAGCCAUCACGCAGCGCAACUUCCCGGCCGCCAUCAAGCACACGCAGUACCACAUCAACGACGCCUCGCGCGCCGCCGACGCCGUCUCGCGCGACGGCAUCCCCGCGACGAAGCUCGACCCGUUCAAUCGGCGCGCGCGCGGGCUGCCGCUGGACGGCGUGCUCGACGCGACGGGCGGCUACGUGCUGGCCAGCAAAGCCUGCGCGUGGGCGCUGCACCUGUGCGCCCAGGCCGGCGUGAAGCUGCGGCUGGGGCCGGAGCAGGGCAGGUACGUGCGGCACGAGACGGGCGUCUCGCCGACGACCGGGAAGCGGUGUGUGACGGGCGUCGUGACGGCGGAUGGCGAGACGCACCCGGCGAGCCUGGUCGUCGUCGCGUGCGGCGGGUGGACGCCGGCGCUGCUGCCCGACGCGGAUGAGCUGCUCGAGACGACGGCGGGCAGCGUGCUGACGGUGCGGAUACCGCAGGCGGAGCGGCCCGAUCUGUGGGACAAGUUCGCGCCCGAGAAUUUUCCUGUUUGGAGCUGGAAGAUGGCGUCGUAUGGGAAGAAUGCGGGUGGAGAAAACAGGACGAGUGUGGGUGGGUUGUACGGCUUUCCGCGGACGCCGGAUGGGGUGGUCAAGUUUGGAUUCAGGGGCGCCAAGUGGACCAACUAUGCGCAUGAGAGGGAUGAUGGGUCGGGAAAGAAGAAGAAGGUGUCGUUUCCGAAGACUGGAGGCGGCGAGGUGCCGGAGAAGGCGAUGGAGGUUGUGGAGAAGUUCUGCGAGGAGAAUCUACCAGACUUGUUGACGCUUCCUAUCGAGACGGCAAGGCUGUGCUGGUACACUGAUAGUGUCGACAAUGACUUCUUGGUGGAUUAUGUGCCUGGGACCGAGGGACUGGUCGUCUGUAGCGGAGGCAGCGGGCAUGGGUUCAAGUUCUUGCCGGUGCUGGGAAGUAAGGUCGUCGAAGUCAUUGAGGGAAAGAAAGAUUCGGAGUACGUCAAAGCCUGGAGGUGGAGGGAGAGGCCAACAGAUAAAGCAAAUGGACUAGAAGAGGGACCGAGCGGGUGGAGAACUUUGGAUAAACAGCGCAUGGUGAAUGGCUGGAAGGAUGGUAAGGUGGCCGCGAAGCUCUGA